GUACACACCAGCUGCGCUCUAUUUUUAUUUUUAUGAGGUCGUCGUCUGCACGUGUGUUUUUGCGAGUUUUAGCGGCGAAAUUUUUUUGCGCUGUUGUGUCGCUAGGGCUUGACACAAUGUUCAUUAAAGCUCUCUCCCUCUAAGCAGUUGCUGGUAGCUCCAGGAGAGAGAAAAUGCUGCCCGCCGCCUCACUGCUGGAACGCUGCACGAGAUCUCUCUUCACGAAGUCGAAAUCGACGCUUUUUCGCCGCUCCAUCACGUGCAGUACUUCACGGACUCUGCCAAGACACUCGUGCCAAGGACAACGAUGAAAAGGUUCCCAAGAAUGCACAGAAUGCAGGCUACAGUAAACGGAACGUAGCUCAACUGUUUCGUGAGUCGGCGUCGUUCGAUGCUGGACAGCCCAAAAGCUCAGAUGUGUGGUCGUCGCCUGCUUAUCCUGUGAGCUUCGAUGUUCCUGCUGAAGAGAAAUAUGAGGAGACGAUUCGCAUCGACCCGAAAAAUACGAGUGUCAUUUUGUUUCCAGGCCAGGGCUCACAGUUUGUUGGCAUGGGCCGCCACCUGCUCCAGUACCCCAAUGUGAGUGAAAUGUAUGAGCGUGCCAGUGACAUCCUCAACUACGAUCUGCAGCUUCUUUGCCUUGAGGGCCCCAAGGAGCAGCUCGACAAGACUGUCCACUGCCAGGCAGCUGUGCUGGUCACUUCACUGGCAGCUGUAGAGCGUCUGCGAGCCACCCAGCCGUGGGCCAUUGAAAACUGUGUUGCUGCAGCUGGUUUCAGUGUUGGAGAAUAUGCAGCCCUUGUGUUUAGCCAGUCCAUUUCCUUUGAGGAUGCCGUGCGGCUGGUAAAAAUUCGAGGAGAAGCAAUGCAAGCAGCCUCUGAAAUGGUACCAAGUGGCUUGAUGACUGUCUUCCUGCUGACGACGGCCAAAGCGAGCUUUAUAUGCAAGCUUGCUAAGGAAUGGUGCAUUCGCAAGGGUAUUGAAGACCCAAUAUGUAGUGUGGCAAACUACUUAUUUCCUCAUUGCAAGGUCAUUGGAGGUCAUGAAGAGGCACUGAAGUUUAUCGAGUUGAACGCUCGUGAUCUCGGCAUAAAAAAGAUGAAGCGGUUGCCCGUGAGUGGAGCAUUUCACACUGCACUUAUGAAACCGGCUCGUGCACCCCUGGCCAAAGCUCUGCAAGCCGUGCACAUAAAUGCACCACGCAUUAUGACCCACUCCAACCUUGAUGGGAUGGCCUACCGCAACCCGGAUGAAAUACGCCGCAAGUUAGAGGAGCAAAUGAUGAUGCCAGUCAAGUGGGAACAACUUAUUCAAGUGGUUUAUAGCCGAGAAGUUGGUGAAGAGUUCCCUCGGACAUUUGAAUGUGGCCCUGGUACCACACUGAGAGCUGUGCUCAAGAAUGUGAAUGGCAAGGCUUGGAAUGUCUCCGAAAGUAUCAGUGCUUGACUGGUUCCCCUCCCU